AUGCAGCGCCCGUUUUGUGGCCGAAACCGUGGCCGUGGCCGGCGGGCGCAUGGUGCUUUCGAGAGGCAAACUGCUUGGCGCAGAGCGCGUGAUGCGGCCAGAAGGCCUGCCUCUCUAAGCGCAGGCCAUGGGGGCAGGCGGGGCACGAGCAAGGCAGAGCCCAAGAAGGUAGAAGAGAGGGCUAAGGAGCUGAAGAGUCCGAGGUUGGCGGCGGGGCUUCGCGCCGGCCUCGUGAGCUUCUUCAUCGGCGAUGAGGCACCGGCCACCGCCCGGGCUUGGCCAGCCCGAAGCUGUCAGGGCCGCCGCUUUUUGGGGAUGGCUGUGGCUGUGGACUCUGGACACUUGAAGAAAUAG